AUGAAUGCUGUGGACACUGACGAUGAAGCUCGCAUUCCACUGGAAAAUUCGAGGUUCGCGGAUCGCGCGGGUUUUUUUGGGUUGUUCUGCUACGUCUUGCACGUUCUUGGGCUCUGCACUUACUUGCCCGUGCAGUAUCCACUCCAGCCCAUGCCCAUCUUGGCAACGUCGCCGCUCUGCCAAAAGCGACAAAUUUAUGUACAGAACUUAGAGAAGAUCUGGUGUUGUCUAAUUGCGCAGGACUAAAGAAAGUCAUAACAGCAGAAAGGUAAUUCUAACGAUUAGCAAAGGUGUCUUCUCUGUAGAAAUGGACAAUGUCGGCUAGAUCUCCGUCUAUUAUCUUUAUAGUGCUCCUCGCUACCCUGUCUAGGUGAGGUAUGAGACGGGCUUAAGCAGUAUCGGCAAAUGUAUUCAAGAGGUUCAAAACCCCAACCGCCACCGCGGCCUUGCUUUCCAUAUCUUUAAUAAAGAGCACAUUGCUAGGGUUGGGAUGGUAUCGGUGAUUGGUGAAGAGUCAAAGUAUCCUUCGUUGAAAAAGGAAUAUUUGUUCACCCUGGCGGUUUCAAGCGUGUGUCGGAAGACGCUAUUGUGCUAACGGUAGUCGUGACAAUUACAUUGUUUUUUGCAUGGAUGGCAUCAUUUGCUUUUACUAGAGGUACAAGUUUAUUGCAAAUCCUUUUCGAUUUUUUCUCUUUGCUUAUCCUAGUUUUCUAUUGUUUUUCCUUAAAUAAUGAUAAUAAUUAUUAUUAUUCUGUUUCUGGGGAGAUGGGCUUAUCGAAGAGAAUAAUAA